CAUAAGAGCACAAUGCGCGUUACACACGAUCAGAACGUUCCACGCGAUACUGGGACUCAAGGAUUACCGGUCGACAAGCAGCGAGUGCCCGCCAAUACCCACACCUACCGCUCAAGAGGCCUGGUCGUGCAUUUGCUCUAGCCUGUGACAACCGACUAUGGCGCCGUGGCAUACGCGAAGGCGUGCCGUGACGUCCUUGCCACAAUCAUAAAUGCAGCUCUUCUCAACCACUGGUGCCGUCUUUCUUACUAUCUGCCACUUUCUUCACGAAGCCUCCUCCACUUCUGAGAUAGCAUAUCUGACGAGCUGAUCAUCGGCACACAUCAGUAGUGUCAAGUCUCCCUCAUGGCGACCGAAGACAUCAAGCCUACCUCUGCGGAGCCCGAAACCCCACAAGAAUUGCCCAAGGUUCCCGACUAUCUUGCUUCGCCAAACGCUGUCUUUGGAGAUAAGGGCGUGCAAUGGCGUUAUGGCCGGGCACCAGACUACUCGAAGACACGCAAAGUGUGGGCUGAAGGGAAGACGAUGAACCACGCUGCCGGCAGUCUCGAGGAAAUGGUCGAAAAUCUGGUCAAGAAUUGGGAGGUCGAAGCAUCGUUCAAGCCACGUCUGUCGGACUGGAGAACCAUUGAUCACGAGAACUACUCUUUUGCAAUGGGAGGAGGGCCACCAAUGUCAGCAGAGCACAUGAUCAAGGUUGGCACGUACAACGGAAUUAUUGCACCGAAUGAAUACUACAGUCCGGAGAACUCGGACUUUGCUUCAAGUCACAAGACUUUCAAACGUAUGAUGCCCACCUUUGCGUGGGAGGUACUGGAAGUGUACAGCGGUCCACCGAGGGUUUCAUUUCGAUGGAGACACUGGGGAACGAUGAAGAGUGACUAUGUGGGCUUUAACGACAAGGGGGAAAAGGUUACAGCAAAGGCCCAUGGCGGCAUCAUUGACAUCGAAGGCGUCACUAUCGCGGAAGUCGACGACAAAGUGCGUCUUCGAGCUAUUCAGACUUGGAUGGAUCCUCUUGAGAUGUUUCGCCAAAUUGCGCCCCAAGGAAUCGUCAACAAGCAGACGAUGAAUCGCAAAGUGGAUAUGGAGACCGCGCUGGACGUAGACGCGGAUAGCGCAGCAGUCAAGCAGACCGCGGACUCAGCAACGAAUGGCAACUCCGACGUCACACAGCAGCCCGCCUCUAUCUCUGCCGAGAAGUCGGGGCAUGCAGAGGGUAGCCAGGACGAUGGAAGCAAUGGUGUCUACAUGGGACAGACAGACCAAUCUUCGACAAAGACGCAGCAAAUGCCUUCCAGACCUCUCACAGUUGGGCUCACUGACACAUCACUGGAGCAAGCCAACUCCAACGCGAAGAGUAUCGUCGACAGCGCCGCCACGCAAGGCGAAGACAGAAAGCUCGAGAAGCCUGAAUCGAAUGCUCAAGCCGAAACCGAAGUUAUCCCUCCCUCAGAGUGGCCAAACACAAAGUCGGCUCCAACUACAAGCCAGGCCGAAGAGGAGCAAGUUCCACGUUCAAUCUACUCAUCGUCCAUCACAGGGCGCGAAGAGGAUGUGGUCAUUGCGGCCAAGCGUGGCAAAGUCGAAGAUGAGUCAAAGGUCACCGGCACAUAUGACGACGUCGACAAACACUUGGAAGGCUCGGCUGAGCAAGUGCACCCUCACCCCAAGGACACGGAGAAGAAGGUCGGGCCGGAGGCUGGUGAAGCUGUGGCGGCUGGAUCGGAGACCGAAGAGACCAGACUGACACAUGAGGAGAUGAGCAAGAUGACUCCGGGUGAGUGUCCGUUCUUGAUGAAUCGGGAGUGAGGAACUCGCGCCGUUGAGCCGCGUGGAGGAACAGGUCUGGUACUUGGGUUUGAUCAGUGCUGUUGCGUUAUGACCAAUUUGUGAUUUGCGCUCGCGUUCGCGUGAUUUGUACGAUAGUUUUGCUAUUCUACCAAUUUGCCUGAAUAAACUGUUGCUGCUCGAUGUCAUCUCAAGACGCAGGUAUGCUUAUCAUAUGUAUCUCGUCUUUGCCUGCCCCCGACUGAGAUGCGAACAAAGGAAGAGGAAUUUGUGAAUGCAGCAACGAGGUCUUCGACUUGACUCACACAUGCUCACAAAUGGCGCGGCGCAAUGCUGACGUGACUUGUCUCUACCAUCGCUCGCCCGGUCUGUGUGGGCGCAGACGGAUGGCACUUCUGUAUUGGUAGGUAGCACGUUCUGCUGUUUCACGGAUGAAGAUCACGUCUGGUCACCUGAAUUGCAAGAAACCCUGCCGCCUGCGGCACAAAACCGCUCAGCCAAUGAUUGGUCGCUGAGCUGUGCUGACCUUUUCUUGACGGAUGUUGCACUCCAGGCAGCAGACGGCAAAUCUCUGACAAGUGUCCAGUCGAUCAAGUCAUCGGCCAUGUUUGGGCUUUGCCACCACUACUAACUACAGCGUCGGCUGUCGGGCGUGGACGGUGGUGGUGUGCCUAGACGAAAGGUCCGAGAAAGUGGCCGCCCCGGAUUCGGAUCGUGGCUCCGUGGGCAGAAUUGUGAAUCCGCAGCGCAGCGCACAGCCCAGCCUGCUACGCGCGAAUGACAUGGGAGGAUCGUGUCUUGUUUGGCGGCCGUGUCUCCGUCGCAUGCGGUGCUCUGUGUUUCGUGCUCCGGUACAGUAUCAGUACCACCACACAGGCUUGGCAGAAAAGUGCAUGGAAGUGACAUCGCGAUGAGACACAGCGACGAGAGGGGCAUCUACAGGACGUAGGGCCGGGAGUCGCGCUGUGUUGGGGCGAGAUGUGCUGUCAAUCACACGAGGCGCCGCUGCUGGGAUGCGUGAGAGGAGAGAGCUCAUCAUGCGCGCGGCAGAGCUUGCACCGC